AUGGGCUUUGCCAUGCUUGCACAUGCAAAGCUUUCCAACCUGCUGCUAUUGAGUGUGGUAUCCUGUUCUGCUGCUGCUUAUGGGGAUGAGCCCAGCCUGGGCAAGAGGUCCUUGCCUCACUAUGAACAUGAUUCCAGUGGUGUUGACUCUUCUCAAGACAUCAGGCUACAUGUUUUCACGGUGGACUAUGACUAUGUGCAAAUUCCCUAUGAAGUUACCCUUUGGAUCCUCCUUGCCUCUUUUGCAAAAAUAGGUUUCCAUAUCUUUCACCGAUUACCAAGACUUAUGCCUGAAAGCUGCAUCCUGAUUGCCAUUGGAGCACUAGUAGGAGCAAUCAUCUUUGUUUCCCAUCACAAAUCUCCACCAGUGAUGAACACUAGUAUUUACUUCUUGUAUCUCCUUCCACCCAUUAUUCUGGAGGAGGGUUAUUUCAUGCCGACUCGACCAUUUUUUGAAAACCUUGGAUCCAUUCUGUGGUGGUCUGUUCUGGGAUCUCUGCUAAACUCAUUUGGGAUUGGCCUCUCCCUCUAUGGAGUCUGCCAGAUUGAAGCCUUCGGCCUGACUGACCUGAACCUGCUGCAGAACUUGCUCUUUGGCAGCAUGAUUUCAGCAGUGGACCCCGUGGCAGCUCUGGUAGUUUUUGAAGAAGCCUCUGUUAAUGAGCAGCUUUACAUGAUGAUCUUUGGAGAGUCAUUGCUAAAUGAUGGCAUAACUGUGGUUUUGUAUAACAUCUUCAUCGCCUUCACCCAGAUGCAUAGGUAUGAAGAAAUUGAAUCCAUCGAUAUCUUUGCUGGCUUUGCUCGCUUCUUCGUGGUGGGACUGGGUGGAGUCUUGUUUGGCAUCGUGUUUGGAUUUGUCUCAGCAUUCAUGACUCGUUUCACCCACAACGUGUCUUCAAUUGAGCCCCUGCUGGUCUUCAUGUUCAGCUACCUUUCAUACUUGUCUGCUGAAACCCUUUACAUCUCUGGCAUUUUGGCGAUGACAGCAUGUGCGGUGACGAUGAAAAAAUACGUGGAGGAGAAUGUUUCCCAGAAUUCUUAUACUACAAUAAAAUAUUUCAUGAAGAUGCUAAGCAGCAUCAGUGAGACCCUGAUUUUUGUGUUCAUGGGAGUGUCUACAGUGGGGAAAAACCACGAAUGGAACUGGGCCUUCAUUUGCUUCACUCUGCUCUUCUGCCUCAUUUGGCGGACACUGAGUGUAUUUGCUCUCUUCUACAUCAGUAACAAGUUCCGAACAUAUCCUUUCACCUUCAAAGACCAACUCAUUAUUUCUUACAGUGGCCUCCGAGGAGCCAGCAGCUUUUCUCUUGCAUUCUUGCUUCCAAGGAAUCUUUUCCCCAGGAAAAAUUUAUUCAUCACUGCCACUCUUGUGGUUAUAUAUUUCACUGUGUUCAUCCAAGGAAUCACAAUUGGACCAUUGGUCAGAUAUCUGGAUGUUAAAAAGACGAACAAAAAGGAAUCUAUCAAUGAAGAAAUACAUGUGCGAUUGAUGGAUCACUUGAAGGCUGGUCUUGAAGACAUAUGUGGACAUUGGAGUCAUUAUCAGCUGAGAGAUAAGAGCGGCAGGAACCAGCGCGCACACAGGCUGUCCCCGGCAGAAGUGGAGUCCAUGAGAGAUGUGCUGGCACACAACCUGUACCAAGUGCGACAAAGGGCACCAGCAUACAACCGGCACAAUCUUCCUACUAACACAAGUGAGAAACAAGCGCAAGAAAUCCUCAUCCGUCGGGAGCACAGCCUGAGGCAAAGCUGCAGGAAGGGAAACAGCUUGCCUUGGGGUAGACCGGUGAACACCAUGGAAGUGCGCUACCUCUCCUUGCCUCAGGGUCCACACCAGCCCACCAGAAGAAAGGCCAGGCAUGUUACUUUUACAGAUCAGCAUAGAAGUGGCUCUGAUGCUGAGUUCCCAUUAACACGGAGAUCCCAGCCCCGGCUACGGCCCCGUGAAGCAAAGCAGCACCAAGAACUGAUUCCAAUGGCACACUUGGAUAGACGAGCAGGUCCAUCCAACCUGGCAGGGAGAAGGGGAAAUUCAAUCAGCCGUCAUCGUUUCACCAGAGCAGACAAUCUAGCUCCAGUGCCAAAGGCUCGGUUCACUGUCAGAGAAGUAGAGGAGUAUGAGUCAGAAGAAGAGACAGAAACAAUGGCACCAGCCAGGCCAUUAGUUAUAUGA